GAAAUACCACAAGAUGAAAUUGAACUAGGAGCUAAUGAUAAAAUUAUCCAAGCAUUUCAUUUUACUAAGGAACCGUUACGCGCGCAUGGAAUUCCAUUUAAAUUUGUUCUUAAAACUGGUGAACCCUUCUCUGUGACAAAAUCGCGCCUUCAAUUACGCAUAGGAAUGAACGAAAAAGAUUUCAUUAAAGUGAAAGUUGCAAUUAUUCAUGUGGCAUCAUAUGCAAAGCCUCAAUAUAUAGAAGAUAAUAAUAUUAUUCUAUCAGAUUAUGGAUUAACAAAUGAGCUCUUAGGUCUUGAUCAUGUGGAUAAAACGGGACGUGCAGGAAGAGUAG